AUGGAGAACCCACUUCUUUUAUUCCCCCAACUAAACAUUUCUGCUUCAAAGGAGAAAUCCUAUUACAAAGUCAUGAAAUCAGCAAUUAAAGAAGAGCCACAUAAAGCAAGCAAGCCUGGAGCAAAGCAGAAGAGAAACAGGCUGAGCCUUCUGCUGCAGAAAUCUGAAUUUCAUGAAGGUGACCAUCUUGCUAAACCUGGAAACUUGACAAAGAUAGCAAGUGUGUCUCCUGAAGAGGCAGUGAAAUGGGGAGAAUCUUUUGACAAACUGCUUUCUGAGAAAGCUGGAUUGGAUGCCUUUAUGAAGUUUCUGAAAACUGAGUUCAGUGAAGAGAACAUUGAGUUCUGGAUAGCAUGCGAGGAUUACAAGAAAAGCAAAACUACACAUGAAAUUUUGCAAAAAGCUAAGACCAUUUAUGAAACAUUCAUACAGAAGGAUGCUCCGAAAGAG